GCAGAACGAGCUACUGAAAGGAAGAAGGGGUGAGAGAGAGGGAGAGGAAGCGGAGGAGAAAGACACGUGGCGCAUUUGCACGUAUACACGAGUCUGCACGCCCCCACGACACGUGCUGGGACUUGCAGAUAUGGCAUUGCGUGGAGCUGUGAGGUCCAGAUGGUGGAGGUUUCUCAAACUGCCACAAGGGAACCGCUUGAUAAGCCAAGAGCAGGCAUUGUUCCGAAGUGGAAGCAUCAGGCACUGCAUUUGUGAAGGCAGCCUCCUGUGCAGGAGUAAGGGUCCUCCGCUUCACCCAUGGAACCCUUCAUUACUUGCAGUCAAGAUGACAUCAGCAGCAAGGCCAACAUUGGUUUGGUAUGGGUCUCCAACUCUGAUGACCCAGCUACAGAACAUUUGUACUUCGGCUUCAGCAACAACUUCAAGACCACCGGAGCCUCCUUACUUUUUCAGGCACCAACUUAGGUACUAUAACCCAAGUGAGAUGAGGCGCUUGGAGAUUGCGUCGAGAGCAAGCAGGAUGCAAGCAAAGCGGUUUUGGUCAUUGAUCCUAGGUGGAACAGCAAUAUCUGCCUUUGUGAUUCUUCUUCUGAAUACAUUUCAAGAGAACCUGAUGUUCUACAUUACCCCCACUCAGGCAUUAGAGAAAUUCCGAGAGCAGCCUUCAAAGAGCCGCUUCCGAUUGGGAGGUCUAGUUGUGGAAGGAAGGAUCUUUCAUGACCACCUAGAUAAGUUUGUCGUUGUCUAUUUAGACGAUAUCCUUAUCUUCAGUAAGUCUGUCGAAGAGCAUGCACAGCACGUAGAGACUGUACUCUCACUCUCGCGACAGCACAAGUAUAAGGUCAACCUAGAGAAGUGUGAAUUUGGAAGUACUAAGAUCUUAUACUUGGUUCAUGAAGUGUCUGCGGAAGGGAUUAGGUCGGAAGAUGCAAAAGUGGCUAGUAUAAGGGACUGGCCACGACCUCAGACUGUUACUAAGGUCAGAUCUUUCUUAGGAAUGUGCAGCUACUAUAGGAACUUCGUAAAGAACUAUUCUACAGUCGCCUCUCCUUUGACAGAUCUAACUCGACUUGACACGCCGUGGGACUGGAGUGAUGAGUGCGAGGCUGCUUUCAAACGAUUGAAGCAUGCACUCAUGAAUCAUGAAGUUCUCAUGGUUCCCGAUCCUCAAAAGCCAUUCAUAGUAACCACUGACGCAAGCCAAUACGGCAUUGGCGCAGUGCUGGCUCAACAGGAUGGGAAGAAGUUGAGACCGAUUGAGUACAUGAGCAAGAAAAUGCCAUCGAAGAAAUUGGCUAAGUCCACCUAUGAAAGGCAACUCUAUGCUCUCUAUAAGGCACUUGUCCAUUGGAGACACUUUCUGUUGGGACGGUUCUUCUACUUAAGAACUGACCAUCAGACGCUCAAAUGGAUCAAGACUCAACCCGCUCUUUCUGAUGCACUCAAGCGCUGGAUUGAGGUCAUAGAUCACUAUAACUUCAAGCUUGAGUAUCUGAGGGGAGAGUACAACAAGGUUGCAGAUGCGCUAUCUCGUAGAGCAGACUACCUAGGGGCGCUAGUUUAUGAGUUUGGUAUAUCUCAGGAAGUAACUCAAUCGUUGGUGGGAGCCUAUCAGGAAGACCCUGUCAUGAUGGACAUCAUGCGCAAACUUCAGGCAAAAGACAAGGCCACAAAAAGUGAGUUUGUGAUGGUGGAUGGGUUACUCUUUCUUGAUAAGGUCGGGUGUAAGAGUCCAAAAGGCCGAGAUGAACCGAGUGUCACGGUCGCUAACGAUGUCCUCCGGAACGCCGUGACCGCAAAUCCAGCCAACGUGCAAGGACACAAGAAGGACGAGGCUCUUGACACGUGGUUGAGAACGGUGCCAGUGUGGGUGAGGGCAAAGAGGACAUUGGUAGAGGAGGAAGUGAUUACUGCUGCAUCCUACUUAGAGGGUUCAACAUCUCGCUGGCUAAAUGGAUUGGUAGCUUCAAAGGAGUUCGGCAGGAACAUGGGUGAUUGGCCACAGAACGACACCCUAGAAAGCUUUGUGGACUUAGUGGAAGCACGGUGGCACAAUCCUCAGCAGGCACAGAUCGCCACUGAUGGAUUAUUAAAGCUUGAUGUUAGGAAGCCAUUUGUUGUAACCACUGACGCAAGCCAAUAUGGGAUUGGAGCAUUGGUGGCUCAGCAGGAAGGGAAAAAGUUGAGACCGAUCGAGUACAUGAGCAAGAAGAUGCCAUCAAAGAAGUUGGCAAAGUCCACCUACGAGAGGGAACUCUACGCUCUCUACAAGGCACUUGUCCACUGGAGGCACUAUCUGUUAGGAAGGUUCUUCUACUUGAGAACUGACCAUCAGACCCCCAAGUGGAUCAAGACCCAACCAGUUCUCUUCGAUGCACUCAAACGCUGGAUUGAAGUCAUAGAUCAGUAUGACUUCAAACUAGACUAUGUGAAGGGAGAAUACAACAAGGUUGCGGACGCGUUGUCUAGGAGGGCAGAUUACUUAGGUGCGCUGAUUUAUGAGUUUGGCUUAUCUGACAACGUGACUCGAUCUUUGGGGGAAGCCUACAAGGAAGAUCCCAUCACAAUGAACAUCAUCAACAAACUUCGGGCUAAAGACGAGGCCACCACUGAUGAGUUUGUGAUGGUGGAUGGGUUGCUCUUUCUUGAGAAGGCAGGGCUUAAGAGAUUAGUUGUUCCAUCUAGGGAAGAUUUGCGUAGUUUGUUUUUAGGAGAAUGCCACGCCGCAAUGGGACAUUUCGACUAUAAGAAGACUAGUGCUAAUUUAGUACAGCGAUUCUGGUGGCCUAACAUGCUAGACGAUGUAAAGAAGUAUGUAGAGACCUUUCAGGUCUGUCAGCGGGAUAAGCCGCGGACUCAAGCCCCGCUUGGGUUACUCAAGCCUCUACCCAUUCCUGCUGGCCCAGGGCAGAGUAUUUCCAUUGACUUCAUGGAUACUCUCGUGACCAGCAAGAAUGGCAAGAGGCACAUCUUCGUCAUAGUGGAUAGGUUCACUAAGUACGCUAGACUAAUCGCCAUGCCAGAGACUGCCAGGACUGAGCACGUCAUCAAGUUGUUCAUGGUACUGGGUGCCUGACAAAGACAAUUGUCAGUGACAGAGAUGUACGUUUUACAAGCGAGAUGUGGAAGAAGGCCGCUGAACAGAUGGGCAGCCAACUUCAAAUGACUUCUGGGAAUCAUUCCGAAGCAAAUGGGCAGGCUGAACAGAUGAACCGAGUGGUGCAGCAUCUGCUGAGGCAUUACAUCAAGCCCAACCAGGAUGACUGGGAUGAGAAAUUACCUCUGAUCGCCAGCCUGUGCAACAACGUUGUACACAGCACCACCGCAUCAGUCCUAAUCAACUGCAUCUGGGAUGGAAGCCUAGAUUUGCUCUACACUUCCUCCUGCCUGAAAACUGACCUGCUGCAACUCCUGGAACCAUUAAAUUUGGAGUCCAGUAUGAGAAAUUGUUGCAGCAGACUGUCGAACAUAUCAAGAAAUCUCAGGAAGCUAUGAUUGCUUCUGAGAACAAACGUGGCCGACAGUC